CUGGGCACCCAUAGCUCGUACUAACUCCUACCAACCGAUUUGGACAGUCAUUCAAUUUCUACGAUUUGAAAGCCAAAAAAUGUCGUCGAAAAGACUACAGCAAACCCAAGCACAAGUCGACGAGGUUGUCGACAUUAUGAAAGUUAACGUAGAUAAGGUCUUGGAAAGGGAUGCCAAGUUAUCAGAGCUUGACAAUCGGGCUGAUGCUCUCACUGCUGGAGCCUCACAGUUUGAAACCAACGCAGCAAGACUGAAGCGUAAGAUGUGGUGGCAAAAUUGCAAGAUGUGGAUCAUCCUUAUUAUUGUUAUUCUUGUAAUUAUUGCAGUGAUAGUCAUCUGGGUUGUAUCAACUGGAACUGGAUCAAGCAGUGACAGCAAAGCAACUGUAGCUCCAACAACUGCUAAACCCUGAUGAAAACCUACCCUACCCCUCCCAUCUUAAAAAAAUAAUUUUCUGCACUACAGACAUUGUAACAACUUAUGACAUGCUUUGGAUAAUUCUCUUCAAUUUUUCAAUAAUUUGUAAAAAAUGUAAUUCUAGAUGAAAACAUCAAGGGAUUGGUGUCUUUUCCUUAUCAUGAAAAUUAAAUUUCCCCACUUCUUAAAUAUGGGUAUGGAGAAUUAAUGAAGCUAAUACUUUUAGAAAUUCUCUGACAGACUUUUAGUAAUUGGAAUUUCCUGACUACUUGAUCUGAUUGAUAAAUAAUAUAAUUAAUGCUAAUUUAUGUGAAUUCAAAAUAAGUAAGUUCAUUUGUUUUGUUGCUUUCUGGAUGUAAAUAUGCAUGCCUAAUGACAUUUAAGUAUAUUCUUUAUAUCCUUCAAGUAUACAUUCUAUUACAUAAAGUUUUUCGACAGGAAUCCCCCCCAUUGAGUUUAGUGGCUGAAUCAAUGCUUGAUCAAUUCUUAUCCUUGGCUAAUAGUCUUCCUCAGUGUUUCCUUAGCCAUCUGGAAGGUAGCUGUGCAUUUCCAACCAAGUGCCAUGACAUUUGAGUGUGCAAUGAUUAAUACCUGUGAAUAAUAAUAUUGUUUGUAGGUUUGAAAGAAGGUGUUAUCAUUGCAUGCUUAUUGUUCAUCUUGAUUUGAUACAAAGGCAAUGGUUCAGGGAACCAUUAAAGUAAAGUAUCUCUAAAGAAACACUAAGAAAUCAAUAAGAUUUAACUUAAAAGUGUUGCCCAGGACCUUAGGCUUCAAGCUCUACCUUGGACCAUAAAAUAAACAAGCAUUUCUCAGAUACUACAAUGUUUCCCAGCCUCUGACUUCAGUAUAUAGCUGUUUUGUUAGUGUACUUAUCAAUAUUUGUUAUAAAAAUCUAACGUGAUUAUCUGACAUUAAAAAUGACAGGAUUUCAAUA